CAUGUAGCCUGUGCAAUAACGCUUGAAAUAUCGUUCUCUCUGGCAAUUGAUCCGCUCCUCCGCCAUGGCGUAUGUCGCACCAGUCCACAAGCCGACCAGCAUCAGGCACGCCCUGCGCAUCCGGUUUCUGUCGCCAGAUAUCGAGGAUCUGGUUGUUGCGAAGGCGAACCGACUGGAGAUAUGGCGAGUCACCGAGGAGGGCAUGACAUGCCUUCACACCAAAGUUAUCCAUGGCACCAUAGACAUGCUCCAGCGGCUACAGCCUAAGGAUUCCGCUACAGACCUUUUGUUCAUCGGCACGGAUAGGCUGCAGUACUUCAACAUAGCUUGGAACCCCGAAACAAACCAGCUGGAUGCUGUCGAGCAGACAAUACAUGAUUCAGCGGAACCUUAUAUGCGGCAAUCGCAGAGCCAAAACAGAUGUCUGGUGGACCCCACAGGCAAGUUUAUGGCCAUGCACCUUUGGGAGGGAGUGCUGAACGUCUUUCGCUUGCGGAUACGCAAGGGCUUGACUACGAGACUUGAAGUACUGGACCAGGUCCGGUUGACAGAGCUGUGGAUGAAGUCGAGCGUAUUCUUGCAUAGUCGAACCGGCCAUCCGAGAAUCGCGUUUCUUUACAAGAACCAGCUAGACCGCGAGGAAGCUAGGGUUGCUGUUUAUCGACUGACGGAAGACGAUAAGGGCGGCGUUUCGUCCAAGUUUGACCCUCUAAAGGACAGAGAGCUGGACCAAGUCAUUCCCGAUCCUUAUGCAUCUAUGCUCAUACCUGUCCCAGUGUAUGAGGAGAAGCGAUAUCAUGUGCGCAACAACGAGGGAGCCAGGGCACACUUGGGAGGCCUUCUUGUGGUUGGCGAGACGCUUCUCACAUAUUUCGACAGCCUCACAUAUUCCAGCGUGUGCUCUAGUAUUGAGGACCCUAAAAUAUACGUUGCUUGGGCCGAGUAUGACGGGACGCAUUAUUUCUUGGCUGAUGACUACGGUCGUCUUGAUCUGCUGGAAAUCAAGACUACCAAUGAAUCAACUGGUGUAGUAGUCACAGGCAUGGAAGUCCAUCCGAUAACUUUUCAAGACUCGAGCCGAUAUACAUCAAGAGCAUCUAGCUUGGUUUAUAUGGGGAACAAUCUCCUAUUCAUUGGUUCACAUCAUGGCGACUCUCAACUUUUACACAUCGAUAUUGAAACCCAGCAAAUGAGUCUUGUCAAAGUUUUAUCCAACAACGCGCCCAUCAUGGACUUCACAAUCAUGGAUCUGGGAAAUAGAGAAGGAGACGCACAGUCUGGAAACACCUUUUCAUCAGGUCAGGCGAGAAUUGUGGCUGGCUGUGGUGCUUACCAGGAUGGAAGCCUACGAAGCAUUCGUAGCGGUGUUGGCCUUGAAGACCGUGGUCUCUUGGACGAAUUUCAAGGCACUAGAGGGCUGUUUACCUUACGAUCCGUGGAGUCGGAAAAGGUCGAUACCGUCAUCAUCUCCACACUUACUGGAACUCGAGUUCUUCGAUUUGAGCCUGAUAACAUCGAGGAGCUUUACUCAUUUCAGGGAAUAGAUCUCGAAUCGGAAACGCUCUUGGCUGCAAACCUGCCAAACGGCCAGCUGUUGCAAAUUACACCUCGAGUCGUCAAUGUCCUGGACCCCGAUAGUGGGACCUCCUUGUGCUCAUGGCAAUCACCCGAAGGCAAAGUGAUUACAGCAGCGUCUGCCAAUACAAAAUGGGCUUUGCUGUCCAUAGAUGGAUCAAUAUUGGUCUCCUUAAACCUCCUCGACGGCUUAAAGGCAGUUGUCAAAAAUGCUUCACAAGAUUCGGUAUCUGGGCAACCAGAUCAAAUAUCCUGCUUACAUGCGGCGCGCGACCCUCAAGACUUUGGUGUGAUCGGCUGGUGGACAUCGGGAACGAUUUCAGUCGUGGAUCUGGCCACUUUGACACCAAUCCAUGGCGAGCCACUGAGGCAGACAGAUGACAGUUCUUCAGUCCCACGAGAUGUAGCGCUCGUUCAGCUGCACCCACCUGACAUCUCGGGCCCAACGAUGCUGGUGGCCUUGGAGGACGGAAAUGUUAUUAGCUUUAAUGUUUCUGUCAAAGGCUUCUCGAUAUCUGGUAGGAAGACGGUCACACUGGGAAGCGGUCCGGCACGACUUCACGUUCUACCCCAAGCGGAUGGAAUCUGCAACGUGUUUGCGACUACAGAGCAUGCCAGUUUAAUCUACAGUUCAGAGGGGCGUGUCGUCUACUCAGCGACUACUGCUGAUGAUGCCACAUUCGUGGCCCCGUUCGACUCAGAGGCAUUCCCAGACUCCAUUGUAUUAUCGACAGAAGAACAUAUCAGGAUCUGUCAUGUUGAUAACGAGAGGCUUACCCACGUUAAAGCACUUCCUAUGAGCGAGACCGUCCGCCGCGUGGCUUAUUCACCGGGGUUGAAGGCCUUUGGACUGGGCUGUAUAAGGAAAGAGUUGAUUGAAAAUGAAGAGGUCAUUACGAGCACCAUCAGAUUAGUUGACGAGAUCAUCUUCCAGGAGCUGGGAAAGCCGUUUGAGCUCAAUGGCUCUGCGUCAUUAGAACUAGUCGAGUGCAUAAUUCGGGCCGAGUUACCUGACAGUAACGGUGUCCCGGCCGAGAGAUUCUUGGUCGGCACGAGUUUUGUCGCUGACCCUGGCACAGAGGAGGCAGGAGAGACGAGAGGCAGAAUACUGGUCCUUGGUGUCGACGAGUCGCGGCAACUGUACCAAAUCGCCUCCCAUAACUUGAAAGGAGUAUGCCGUUGUCUGGCCAUCAUGGAUGAUUACAUCGUCGCCGGGUUGACUAAAACGGUGGUUGUUUACGGCUAUACCCAAGAGACAUCGACUGCAGCCAGUUUGAACAAGCUGGCAUCGUUCCGCCCGGCGUCAUUCCCUAUCGACCUGGAUGUUUCUGGGAACAUCAUAGGCAUUGGUGAUCUCAUGCAGUCCCUUACUCUUGUUGAAUUCACACCGGGCCAAGAUGGUAAGAAGCCAACGCUGGAGGAGAAGGCAAGACAUUAUCAACAAGCCUGGACUACAUCGGUUAGCGCCCUAGAUGAAUCUAGGUGGCUAGAGGCAGAUGCUCAGGGCAACAUUAUUGUGCUCAGGCAAAACCAGGAAGCGCCCACAGAACAAGAUCGCAGUCAGCUGGAGAUUACAAGCGAACUCAAUAUUGGGGAGCAGAUCAACCGGAUUCGGAAGAUUCAAGUUGCACCUGCUGAAAAUGCCAUUGUGAUACCAAAAGCAUUUUUGGGCUCGAUUGAGGGCACUCUUUACCUCUACGGCGACAUUGCCCCCAAGUACCAGGAUCUGCUGAUGACGUUCCAAUCAAGGCUACAGGAGUACAUCCAAACACCCGGAAACCUGUCGUUUGACACUUGGCGGGCGUUCAGAAACCAGGCCAGAGACGGCGAGGCUCCUUUCCGAUUUGUAGACGGUGAGAUGAUAGAAAGGUUCCUGGACCUGGACGAGAAGCAGCAGGAGCUGGUUUGCGAAGGGCUGGGACCAAGCGUGGAGGACAUGCGGAACAUGAUAGAAGAGCUCAGGAGGAUGCAUUAAAGCGGCUGGAUUGAUUUGUGUAUAAAUGAGCCUGGAAGAUGGCGAUGGCUGUGUGUUUGCGGUUUAUCACUGGCAUUGAGUUUCAUAGACAUGGAGU